AUACAUUACAAUUUUCAGCGCAGCCACGCUUCAUUUGUCGAUCAGGCCAGGCUAGUAUCAAGUACCUAAAUCAUGUAAAUGUGGUUUUCAGCUCCAUUAUUAUCUUCAGAAGACAGCAAAUCGUCCACAAACCCUCUAUCAGUCCUGCCUUGUCCGAGUAACCAUAUUGGGAGCAUGGAUCCUUCGCAGGAAUUGGUCAAUAUUGGGGAGAGAAAUUUUCAUGAAUCUUUACUGAUACAGAAAAACAAGCCUUUCAAAGUGGGGCCUUCAUCAGUACUGGACAGAGUGAAAUCAUUUCUACCACAAAUGGAAGUGGCCAACAAGCAGCUUGAAGAGAGGAUUGCAGAUGGUAAAACAGUGGAUCUAGACAUUGAAAAUGUUGAUAAUUGUGAAGGACCCAUUAUCGAAAUGAAUCUUGCCUUGUGCGCACGUGAUGAAAAUUCUGAUGAGGAAGAAAGUGAAGAAGAUGAAAGUGAUAGUGAUGCAGACAUCCAAGUUGAAUUGGAACAUACCAAGUCAAAAAAUGAAGACGAAUCCCUCUUAAAACUAAAAAUACCAGGAAGAGGAAAGAAGCCUAAAGAUGGAAGGACAUUGAUUGAAAUGAUGCCAGGAGAGUCGACCAAUACCAAAGAUUGUUUUGAAAAGGACAAGACAUAGCAUGAUGGAAAUUAAAGAUCUAAUUGAAACUUUAAACUUUGAAGAGUGGAGAGGCGGCUCAGUUGAAGCUCUGUGCAGCCUGUAAAUUCAAGGAACAAAUGUACAAAAUCCACUAACUGCCAACCUGUCUGAUGUAAAAACCUUCUGAACAGUGUUCUGGCUUUUCAGGUUGAAGCCUUUUCAAAUUUAUCAUGAUCAUGACACCAGUAGUGUUACAGUUGUAAAAUGUCCAUACAUGGUGUUUCAUAGCACUGUAAGAGUAAGGUGUAUGAUGGGGAAGAUUUAUUAAAUAUUGUGUCCUGAUGAAAGCUUCUUCAACUCUCAAUGGCAUCUGUCUUCCAGAACAUACUGGUUUAUACUGGAAGUGAUAACAUUUCUAGUCACUUGCAAAAAGUAAAAAUUGAAUAGAAUGUGUCUCCUAAUCAUUGGGCAAGAUCUAUGGUCUUUUAAAAAAGACAGAUUUUUGUAAGUUAUUGUUUGUUUUACAUUUGUAGCUUCAAUUUUGUGGAGGGAAUUGCUGGUAGAAAUUAAGACCAAGGAACUCUUAAGAACAACAUCUCAGGCGAUGGUUAAAUUCAGUAGGCGAGUUCAAUUUUAAAGUGAAAUCCCUCAGGUACAUGAAUCUUCAAGUUUGAAUUAUUGUAAUUUGUGAGUGUAGAAAUGGAUACAUCAAAUAUAUUGUUUCCUUGAAUCUCUUUAAAUUACAUGUGUAUAAAUGCAUUCUUUGCAUACUGUGGUCUAAAAAUUGCUUCAAUUAGCUGAUUAUGUGACUUAAUAUUGGUCAACUUAAACUGUAAUUCAUAUAGGUACAAAUAAUUUUCCACCAAUUAACAAACAAGUAUACAGCAAAUAAUUUAAUACCAACAAAAUCGCCUCUCUCCUAUUCACUUUUAUUAAAAUGUUAUCAAAAUAAUAAUUUAUAAGGUCUGUACACAUAUUUGGUUUACAGAGUCCAUUGUAUAUCUUUUCUUAUUAAAGCUGCUAUACAUUUUCCCCCUCAAAUUACAAAAAUCUACAAAUAUCACAUUAUUAAAUCAAAGCAAAUUUGUGUUGAAUGUUGGAUUAAAAGGAUACGUGUAUUCCAGAUAAAAUAUGUCAUUGAUUGAUUGUGACAGCCGUGCAGUCUGAAACACCACGGACUUGUUCUUUGGAAUGAAGUUGGUAUUGAAUACCCUUGUUCUGACAAAAAUGAUAGCAAUGAUUGUGAGUGACUAUUGAGAUAAUUGGCAAGUUCAUCUCUCGCCUUCUUUCCAUUAACAGCAGAAAAUAAACUGACCUAGUUCUGAAAACCACAGAAAUAACUAUGCCUAAAUUUAUGUUUAUCUAUUUAAAAACCUUUAAAAUGUACUCUUUUUAUGUGUGUGAAAAACCAAAUCCACAAUCACAUUAGAAAAAAAUGUAAUUGUCUUUAUAAGACUAAAUACAUUUGCAGUUUUGUCUAAUGUGGUUGGGAGAGUGCAAAAGAUUUAAUGAGAGAAAUGCUAUAUGCUGAUAAUGCCUCGGUUUGAGGAGUGAGAAAUGGAGGGACAAAAGGGAGACUUUAUGGAAAUGGAGAAAAAAUGAUAUCAGAAAGGAGCUGGAGGGAUGGUACAAGUGAAUGUUAUGUGAUGAGGAUUACUGAUUGAACCUUUACCAAAGCUUUUUACUGGCUUCAUGCGCAAUAGAGAGAGAAGGAAAUAAGUGUAUCUUAACCUUUGAAAUUACUUUCAAAACAUUAAAGGCAAUGUGCAAUGGCAUACUGAUUUGCAUCCACAUUCUUAUCAAUUUCCAGCAAAGCUGACUUGUUUCUUGAAUAUACAUUGGCACAAAUUUCAUUUGUCAUAGGAACCAGAAGUACCUUUGCCCAAAUUCAUGUGUUUCUCUCUGUGACUAAUCAUGGUAAGAGUAUAAAUUUGCUGAACCGGAGCACAAUUCUUACAUUGAAUAAUUAGAUUUAGGCAUUUAGAUUCAUCUCGUAUUGGUCAAGGAAACAUGCUUAUAAUUAGAAUAGACACACCAUGCACAGAGGACAUAGAAGAAUACUGUACAGGCACUCUGGUAUUUAUUUGUUUACAAUCACUAUUCAUUCUGGCCCAGUAUCACUGGUAUUAAGUUAAUUCCAUUUCUGAUUUUCCACUGAUAGUCUCUCACAAAGUGAUGAUCCUCUUUCCAUGUCACAAUGUAAAAUAACUGCUCUCUGAAUCAUCAUGCCAGUUGUUAUUA